UCCACGCACGUUCACUUCGCUCUCUCUCUCUCUCUCUCUCUCUCUCUCUCUGAAAAUACCAGUGAGUAUUUAAGAGAAAGGCGAAUUCUCCAAAACACAAAGAAGGCAACCUCAGCUAUCUGCUGAACCCCUCUCGAUCUCUCCGCCCAUCUUGUUUUCAGAAACCACUUCACCUGAUCCCUUCCCCACGUACCCCCGGAUCAUCACCCAUCCUUUUUGCUUCUCCAAAAACUACUUUUUUUUUUUUUUCUUCUUCUCGUUUGUUUUGUAAUUCUAAAAGCUAAUAUUCAAAUCCACCAAAGCCAUUGUUUUGGAGAUGAGCACGGGAGAGCUCCUCGGCAUCGAACCCAUCGAACUCAAGUUCCCCUUUGAAUUGAAGAAACAGAUCUCUUGUUCGCUUCAGCUGUCAAAUAAGACGGAUAAUUAUGUAGCUUUCAAGGUGAAAACGACGAAUCCGAAGAAGUAUUGUGUUCGUCCGAACACCGGAGUCGUCUUGCCACGGUCCACGUGUGAUGUUAUAGUCACAAUGCAAGCACAGAAGGAGGCUCCUCCUGACAUGCAAUGCAAGGACAAGUUUCUCCUUCAGAGUGUAAAAACAAAUGAUGGUGUAACCCCAAAAGAUAUUACCACAGAAAUGUUCAACAAGGAGGCUGGACAUGUGGUUGAGGAGUGCAAAUUGAGAGUGGUUUAUGUUUCUCCACCCCAACCACCUUCUCCAGUACCAGAAGAGUCAGAAGAAGGGUCUUCGCCAAGGGGUUCUGUUUCUGAGAAUGGAAAUGCGAAUGGUGCUGGGUUCACUGUUGCUACAAGAGCAUUUGCUGAGCGGUUUGAGCCUCGAGACAAAUCUGCAGAGACAAGAGCCCUCAUUUCAAAACUUAGAGAGGAAAAGGACAAUGUGAUUCAACAAAAUAACAAGCUUCGUCAGGAAUUGGAACUGCUGAGACGUGAAGGCCAUAAAAAUCAUGGCGGUAUGGGUGUCUCCCUCCUGUUUGUCGUCUUGGUCGGAUUGCUUGGCAUAAUUUUGGGGUAUCUCAUGAAGAAGAGUUAAGCUUGUGCCUGCUAUUAUAUCUUUUGCAUAUAUUAUCCUCGAUUUCCUUUUUGUUCCUGUUCGCUGAAGAAAAAUGAUGCGAGGAAAAGAAAGUAACUCGCCAGGGGUGAUGCUUUUGUUGGUUGUUAGCUUUGUGGAAGUAGUAAACUUGUUUAGGUUCAGUCAUGGUGUCCUAGUUGCCUGACUAUCAAAGUAACUCAUUUUUUUGGUAGCAUGCAUUCUUUUUUGUAACUUAAAGAGGUAUAUUUUCUUUGUUUCUUUUGUGGUUCUAGUCUGGAGUUUUUGGACCUUCUGACAAAGGUACUAGUGGUUAGUGUCAAGGAUCUUAUCCAUCCUCAGUUUGCUGGAUUUGUUUAUCUUUGAUUUUCUUAUCA